AUGCCAUUUGGUAUCAACAAUCCUCUGCCCUCUUCUAUGAGGAGCGAAUGUAAGAAGGCCGGCAAAAUAUUGGCAUCCUUCGUCGACCCUCGGCAAGCCUUUGGACCAGACAAGGUCAUUCCACCACAGAUUCUGAGCAAUGCAAGAGGCCUGGCUAUAAUAACCCAAUUCAAAGCCGGCUUUAUCGGCACUGCUCGAUUUGGAUCUGGCAUCGUCGUUGCUCGACUGGCUGAUGGAUCGUGGUCAGCUCCGUCCGCUGUCGGCACCGCCGGCGCCGGUUUUGGCGGACAGAUCGGUUUCGAGCUCACCGAUUUUGUCUUCAUCCUGAACGAUGCGGCGGCCGUGCGCGCUUUCUCCCAACAAGCAUCCAUCACACUAGGCGGCAACGUCAGUAUAGCAGCAGGGCCGGUGGGCAGAAAUGCCGAAGCCGCAGGAGCCGCAAGCUUAAAGGGCGUCGCUGGCAUUUUUGCCUACAGCAAAACAAAAGGUCUAUUCGCAGGAGUAUCACUAGAAGGCUCCAUGCUAGUUGAGCGGCGAGACGCCAAUGAGAAACUCUACAACGCCAAAGUCACCGCACGACAAUUACUUGAAGGUUCCAUCCGCCCACCCCCAGCGGCCGACCCGCUCCUCAACGUCUUAAACUCCCGCGUUUUCUCCGGAAACGUCAACACCAGCAGCGACGCCAUGUACAACGACAUCCCCAUCUACGACGACGCGCACGAUAACGUGGUAUGGGAGGGCCGAACAGGCCACGGCUACGGCUCCGACAUACAAGACAUUAUUUAUGUCCUGCUGCGGUGGUGGGCAUAUGCCCACUCCACUAUGUGGCCCAAGAAAAGCCUGUUCGUGGAAUGA